AUGCGCGGAUCCAAGAUCUUGAGGGCAUUGGGAUACAAAAUGACACCUCGAUAAGCUUAUCAAAAAUCCUUUUCUUCUUUUCUCAAUCGAAACUAAAUUACUAAAGAUGAGUUAAUCAAACUCUCUGAUUAAAUACCAGGACAACAAUUUAAAUUUAAUAACAAUCAUCUCAAGUUGGAUUAGUAGGAUCAGACACUGCUUAAAUUGAAAUCAGAUUUUAUGAAUAAUAGAAAUGAUUACUCAAAGGCAUUCUCUUAUAUGGAAUAUUUAAACUAGCAAGAAAACUAUAAAGAGGCUAUCUAAUUUUAUGAUAGUCUUGACAGAAAUCAAUCAUUUUAACUCUAGUCUUUAUACACAUAGUCAAUAACAAAAUAUUUAUAAUAAAAAUAUCACAAUUACAGAACAAACACUCUAUUUUAUACACAAUUUUAACUUGCUUUAUUACUCCUAAUAGCUUUUCAAUAUCUACAAUAUUAUAAAACUAAAAUGGAAUAAUAAACGAAGAUGGAUGAAUAAGAAUAUUCCAAAGAUAAAUAGGAUAGAAAUAAUGAAUAUAAUUAAAAUCUACCAUAAGAAAAUUUUAGAAGAAUUGAACACCUUUUAAAUGUUCUUAAAAAUCAUCAAAAAGUACAAUAAGAAUAAAAUAUACCAACAAAAUUCGAAGAUGUAUUAGGAAUUGAUGAAUUCAGAGAGGAGCUGGAAGAAAUAUUAUAAUAUUUAAAGAAUCCAGAUAAAUUUACAUAAUCAGGUGCUAAAUUGCCAAAAGGAAUUCUAUUAGUAGGACCUCCAGGUUCUGGAAAAACAUUAUUAGCAAGAGCAUUGGCUGGUGAAGCUGGAUGUUCCUUUUUUUAAAAAUCUGGAUCAGAAUUUGACGAAAUGUUUGUUGGUGUUGGAGCAUAAAGAGUGAGAGAGCUAUUUCAAAAUGCAAGAAAAAGUUCUCCAUCCAUUAUCUUUAUUGAUGAAAUAGAUAGUAUAGGAGGAAGGAGAAAGAUGAAUGAUCCCACAGCUUCCAGAGAUACUAUCAAUCAAAUUUUAACAGAAAUGGAUGGAUUCAAAUAGAAUGAUGGCAUUAUUGUAAUUGGAGCAACUAAUUUUGAAUAAGUUCUUGAUCCGGUAUUGAAAAGAGCAGGACGAUUUGAUAAAAUAAUUAGUAUUCCCUUGCCAGAUGUUAAAGGAAGAUAGAAGAUAUUCGCUUACUAUUUAAAUAAAGUCAAAUACAACAAAAAAAAUGUAGAUCCUCUAAAAUUAGCCUAAUUAACCACUGGAUUUAGUGGAGCUGAGAUCUAAAACAUUGUUAAUUUAGCCAUCUUAAAUGCAAUUAAAAAUAAAAGGGAAUAAGCUAACUCCACUGAUUUUGAGUUUGCAAUAGAUCGAUCAGCGAUGGGAGUUUAAAGAAAACAAAAAGUGAUAAAUGAAAAAGAUAAAUUGAUAACUGCUUUUCAUGAGGGUGGGCACACAGUUACAAAUCUAUUGACAGAUGGUGCUCCUAUUCUCCAUAAAGUUUCUAUUCUACCAAGAGGAGAGUAAUUGGGCUAUACUUCCAUGAUCCCUGAGUUUGAUAUAACGACAUAAACAAGAAAAACUAUCUUAGCCUAAAUUGAUGUAGCAAUGGGUGGAAGAGCUGCUGAAGAUUUAUUUCUGGGAAGAGAUGAAAUCACAAGUGGAUGUAGUUAAGAUUUGGCUUAGGCCACUACUCUUGCUUAUUAGUAUGUGAAGUAACUUGGAAUGAAUGAAAAUUCAUUGUUGAUAUCAAUCGAUUAGAGCAGUGAGAAUAGGACAAGCACUUAAUUCGAUUACUUGGUAGACAUGUAGGUUAAGAAGGUGUUAGAUGAUUCUUAUGCCCGAGUUAAAAGGUUACUAAUUAAUAAUGAAGAUAUGCUAUAAAAAGUUGCUUUCGAAUUGUUAUAAAAAGAAACUCUCUCUGCCCAAGAAAUAAAAAAGUUAUUGAAUAUUUUUUGA